CGCUACUAUCCUCCAUCCAACGUUACCGACGACGAGCGGCGAGUACGGCGCUAAGCGGAGGAGAACGGGGCGCCGAUCUUGUUGUGGCUCCGUAGUGCACGUGUUUUUCUAUUUUUUCUCAACUGGAUCGGCGGCGCGUUGUUUUGCCAUCGCGUGUCCCACGUGUUUCGAGAGUUAGUGGCCGCCGCACCCCAGCGAUCGACGACCGCUAACCGUUUUGUGAUCGCGUUCGCGCGGUUGCCCGCGAAGCGAGCCCGGAUUUUUCUUUCGUUGGCCGCGCUUUCUCGGGACUGGACUCUGGAUCAUCCUAGCGUCGUUGGAUUUUCUCGUAGUCACCAGUCUGCUGUGCAUAGUCGAGUUGAUGACACGCCGUGUGUGCUAAAAGGGUGAACGUAUUGCUGCAGUGGUGACGUCGAGGCUUUUACGGUGCGUGUGAGUGCUCCGAUCCCCCAAUCCCCUAGUGACGGUACAUGUGACUAGCCCAGACGCUCUUCCGUGGUAGUCGUGAGACUACCCGCGCCCAUCUGUGUAGACCACAACGACCGAGUUGUAGCCCCUUUUCUUCAUCGCCGCAGCCGCGGUGAUCUCCGCAAACGGCGAUGGCCAGCGGUGCCCUGGCCGCUGGGCCCAUGCUAGGUGACUCCGGACACAUGGCGCAAACCAUGACACCACCGCCUCAACAGCAGCAGCAGCAGUCGUUGAAUCAGUACUCGCAUGCCGCGUCCCUCGGACUUAUCACUCAGCAGCAACAGCAGAUUCAUCAUCAGCACCAGCAGCAGCAACAGCAGCAGCAGCAGCAACAGCAGCAGCAGCAGCAGCAGCAGCAGCAGCAGCAGCAGCAGCAGCACAUUCAGCAACAACAGCAGCAAGCUGCUCAGUUGGCCGAAGCCCAGCAGCAACAGCAAUUAGCCGCCGGCUACCAUCUCGGCGCGUACGCUGGAUACAACGGAUACAGAGUCCAGUCGCGGACGCAGAACCUCGCCUACAGAAUGAUGCUCAACCAGACGGACCUCAUGGGGACCCAUGAGUCCCCGUUCAGCACAGACGAACAGUUCAUGUACGACCCGACCGAGGAGGACAAGAACGCAUACUGCAACCUGCAGCCCAUCGGCCUGGACGGUGCAGACCACGUCACGCCAUCCUUACAACACAUGGACCUCAUGGCCCCAUCCAGGCCCAUACCUUACGAAGGCGACACGUUCCCGACGGACGUGCUGGACCUGGGCGAGAGCCGGUGGCAGAGCCUUCCCAUCCAGCACUGGCAGUCUCACGACGUGCUCGAGUGGCUGGUGGCCUGGACCAGCCACAACCAGGUGGAGAUCGUGGACGACGAGAUUAACAUGACCGCCUUCGCUUCCUUCACUGGAGAGCACCUGUGCCGCAUGAGCCUGGAGGAGUUCCGCGCACACGCGCCUUCUUACGGACACCGCCUGUACGAGGAAGUGCAGCGACACCUGGGCAACAGCACGGCAGCCGCGGCAGCGUCACGUAAUGUCAUGGGAAUGUCGGACGCCUACUUCGAACCCGAGAAAUACGCCUUCCACCCUCGCUAUUUCGACACACUGGAAAUCCAGAACAGCAGUCCCGGCUCUGAAAACGUGACGUCAUCGGGGUCUCCUGGUCUCGCGGAGUCGGACAGCGGCAGCACCAGCAGCAGCCUGAGCACCGUCAACGAGCGGACGGAGAACCUCUUUCCCUACAUGCCUCACGACACGCGGAUACUCGCCAAGCAAAUGCCCCCUCCCAUGCCCAUGAUGGGCAAAAAGAAAGGACGCAGGGGCAGGCCCCCCAUCAAAGAGGCCAAAGUGCGCAGCCGAGCAGGCAAAGGUAUGGGCAAGCUGUGGGAGUUCAUCCGGGACCUGUUGUUGAACCCCUCGACCAACCCGAGCCUGAUACGAUGGGAGAGGCGCGAGGACGGCAUCUUCAAGUUCGUCCAAUCCGACAAGGUCGCCAAGAUGUGGGGUGACCGCAAGCAGAACCCUCGCAUGACCUACGAGAAGCUCAGCCGGGCCAUGAGAUACUACUACAAAAGCCAGGUCCUUCUACCAGUGUUUGGCCGACGGCUCGUGUACAAAUUUGGCCCCAACGCCACUGGGUGGAGACCGUAAAGCCUCGGCGAAGAAAGGCUACGCAUAAGCCCACUCGUUCUCUGCAACAAGAACAACAACAACGAACAGAAACCACAUCACGACCGCAGCUGGAACGACAGAGAACUUAUGUAAACCCGCAUGUUCCCAAGAGAGCUGCGUAUAUUUUUUUUAUUGUCCCACUUUGUUGUUGUUUUGCAUCCUCCUGAUACCGGAACGAUCGAUCUUUAGCGCGAGUCUGACGGGCGUCAUUUUGAUGUUGUCACACACGCGCAUUUUUUUUAUCUUUGACAUUCCCCCCCCCCCCCCUAUCUGUUGUAACACAGACUCGACGACUCCCAUCCCUGUUUCAAUUUGCCCCCUUUUUGACCCAUUGUGUAUCAGUUUUCAUCUUUUGACUCUUGUUUAAUCCUUUUUAUUGAUUCUUGUUCAUUUGCAUCCCCUUGCGAGUGCAUGUGUGUGUUUGUGAGCGUGUGCGCGCGUACCUUGUUUGUUUCAAAGAGAGCGUGGCGUGCACACUUGAUUUUGCCCCCGGACGGAGUAACGUUAAGGAUUUUAACAAUCGUCGUCACCGUCACAAUGAUUCGAAGAUGAUACUUGAGGGCAGUGAUGAACGAUUUGAUUGCUGCAGCGUUCCCCGAACCCUUGCUAGUGUUCCGGCGUAGGCGUCGGUGCGCUUGAUUCCGGUGGUUCAGUAUUGGUGAACGGAAGCAAAAUAAGAAGAAGGCUUAACAAACGUUUGGCAGACGCUGGCGUCUGUCGUCUGCUCGGCUGCGCGCUAUGUGCAGACGACGCUAUACACAAAACGCUCGUGCUGAUUCGCUUCCGAGCAGACGACACAUGAGCGCUCGACGUUUCGUCUGGGCGCUGGAGAAUGAUUUUUUUUUCCUGCCAAACGUUGGUGGAGCUGUCGUCGCGCAUGUUUUGGAAAAGCUCGAAGACGCGGGGGCGUAUGACGCUUAAUCAGCGAAGCGAUGAUGGUUUCACGCAUAGAGUACACUAUGAUUCCUGACGAUGUGCAAUUCUUAUUACCACUGAUCUAUUCAUUCCACACACCGCUAGCUUCGCCGUUUCAGUGGUGAACUACUAGUGUUGGGUUCUUGUUCUUAUAAAGUUUUAAAGUCUACGUCGCUCUAGUCGUAAAGAAGGAGAGAUGAAAUAAAAAGCAAUAUUAUGUCAUCAUUUCACUCCAGCAUGUCACGUAUGUGUCAUCGAAAUGACAGUGCUGUGAGCAUAUAGCGACUGAAGAACUUGCAUAUUUUAAUAUUUUGAUGACUAUUUGUUAAUGAGAAACAAUGCGUACAGUCUGUUUCGUAUGUGAACGAGUUUAUGGCGUUCCAGGUUCGUUCAUCGGUGUUUUAGUGUUGUGCUUUCUCGCUAACUACCCAAAAACCAAGAUGGCAGCAACACACUAAGACGUUGAUAUUCGAUCAUUCGUUUGUCGCUAGAUCACAACUUAAAAUUUGAAAAGGUCGUCAGUUACGAACACUCCAGGAGUGAUUUGUGUUUUAUUCGUUUCGAAGUGAGCCUCUCCGAAGAACUUUAGUGUAAUGUACAGCUACUCGAUGGUAUUGCGGCACGAUCCCUUCCUGCUUUAUCAAGGCUACCGGCUAAGCUGAAGCAAUGGAAAUUCACGAAAGGUCAACGUGUCAACAAGGUUGGGCAGGCUGGCGAACGAAAACUUGUCACUGUUGCCGAUGGCCAACGCUUUUCGAAGGAAAUCAUACUUGCUUCGUUGUGGAUACGUGUAUACAGUGUGAUCGACUCUUGAAGGAAGCGACAGUUAAUAUCCUAGCGUCGAUUACAGCUAUUACACAGCAUCAAACGCCUACCGACUUUUUGCAUGUGCCUAGAUGUUCGUCUAACGCCUCGUACAAGGCAGUUCUUCUAGCAAAGUCUAGGCUGGUCGCUGUUCACGUAAAACCCUUUGUUCCCUUUGAGAGUGUUCCACACUGUACUUCUGGUUGCUCUCGGAGCGAGUGGUCACGUGUUUGCAACGAUCUUCGCACGCACAAACGAGAAAAGAGCUGAUGUUCUCAACGGAACAGCGAGGCCUGUACAUUGUCUCCCCUGUCAUACGUGCAAUCAUCGACGAAACAUACUCAUGUCGAGCAGUCAUUCCCUGCCCGGAUGUUCAUAUUAGCGCCCGCGCUGCCGGUAACUUACUUGAUUUUACUGGUGUUGUGUGUCACGAUAUAUCCUUCCCUUAUCUUCAUCAUGCUCUUUCAUUCUUUUUUUGUUUGUGAGCUCCGCGGGAGAAAUAAAGAGUCGACGAGGAUUGGCGCGUCCUUAACGGUGGUGCGAGAUCCUGUACAAACCCCUUUUGUGUAUAAAGAUAUGCCAGAACAGUAUUUUUUUUAUUCGAGUGUUCUCACGCACGAGCGUUCCAGGCAACAUCAUUCCAAGAUUUGUGUUAACAUCUUUUUUUUUGUUUUUGUUCUUUCGCGAGACAUGAAUUGCAUUCCCAUCUCUUCGACAUAACGCGUACAUAAUGUGUAUCCGGAAUUUUUGUUCUCAGUUGUGCCUCACCUUCGUCGUUAUUCUCAUUUUUUUAUGUCUUUUUGCUUUUCGUUCUGGUUCACCCUGGAGUCCUCGAAUGCAGGGGCUACCAGCUACAAUGUUAGCAGCGGACCCGCUUACGAGCCAUGAUACGUCCGAAAUCGAACAGCAAAUUUCGACUUCACAAAAAAACGUGAUUGUCAUUCAACGCGACAACGACAGAUAGUUACUGACUUCAUUGAUUAAAAAAAAUUGUGGCCGUAUCAUCGCGCCGUCGAUAGCUCUCCACGCUCGUCCUGUCAAACCAAAUGAAUGCGAAGUGUGCUUAAAAAGUUUGCGUUCGUAAUCGGAAGAAAAUUAGGCUGUCUACCGUGUGAUAUGGUGCACCCGUGUGGCGUUAUUUAUGAACACUUAUUCUAAGCUCCUCUUGCGUGGAUAUCUCUUUUUGUAUCAUAACAUAGGCACAUAACUACCUUAACACUAAUUUCCCGAUUUACGCAGCGAUAAACUUUGAUACGUUGUUGCGGUAAGCAAAUGACUUAUAUGAAAUCGAAAGCCAACAGUUCAACAAUGAAUAAAUACAGCCUACGUCGUAACUUCCGUUAUUCUAAAUGUUAUAGAAUAAACAGGGCCUUUAAAAGAGUGGUUCCUACGACAGUUACACGAAACAUGCCAUUUUUCUUAUCUGUACUUUUGUAUAUUUCUAUGGGUAGUGCUGCAUCAUAGAUGUGAUAUCGCGCACAGUUGAAACUGCUGUCGAUGCCGUAAUGUGUAACCAAUAGAUUGGCAGGUAAUAUGCUCUCAUAGAGGUGAAGACAAGUCAACGCGGUCUCUUGGACGUUUAAUUAAGGGCUCCGGUUUCCGCUGCUACAUAUGUAGCUGUUUUUCCUUUAGCUGAAAAAAAAGAAGAGCUCUGCAUCGUAACGUGUACAUUUCUUACUGAAUACUCCCGCUCUGCCUGGUCCUUGGCCAGCCGCAGCUGUUCUUUUGUAUUAUCCCCAGUGGACGUCACUGCGUUUCGCGUGUACUUAAGGAAAACAGGUCAAGGCUAACGUUUGCAACUAUGGUCUUGUAUGCCUUGUCGGCCGCAGUCAUGUCUGUUUUUUUUUUUCCAUUUCUAUCGAUUCUUGUUGUGUGAGAAAGAGAGAGAGAUGACAGAGUCCAAUCUUGCUCAACGCUUCUCUGUUCUCAUGUGAGCCCCGCGCACAACGGCGCUCUCUGUAUCGACAAAAAAAACCAAUGUGCCUUCAGAAAACAGAGACUUAAGAGCCAAGUGUUUAAAGUGCAAUCGUGAAGUGCGCCGGAUGUCACAUAUCUGUUGGUUAUGACGCAAGAACGCGACGUUUCUUUCGACAGUGCUGUGACGUCACCAUGUGCAAUUUUUCUCAGUUUCGAAAGGAUGGUGUGUUCCAGCUGCUCUGGAUGCCUGAAUAAUUUCAUAUUACGGCUCGACUGCUGUGUUCACGGUCAAGCAUUAUUGUGGGCUUAUUUGGGUAGUUUGGCUGCCAGUACAGUAACCACACCAGGUAAGGCGCCUGUCCUCAGUAUAUUGAGGGAGCAAAAAAAAAAAAAGAGAGCUUUUUACUUUAAAUAAGUUGCAAAAACGCUAGUGCAAAUCAUCGACCUCCAGUUGGAAUGUAAUAUGUAUAGAUAGGUGAGCACCAGCGCUCAUCCGGAUACUCCAUUUCGACUGAAGGAGAAACAGUGAUAUCAUUGAAAACCAAUAUCAACGACUACGAAUCUUUAGCACGCUUCCCAACUGACGCCAACAUUUCCUAGAACAAACCUGCGCGGACAAAAUUCAUUUUGAAAUGUUUAAACAGCAAAAAUCGAACGUACAUUGCAAAUGCACGAGACUAGUACUUGGCGAACAGCUGAAAAGAAAUCUUUAAGAAGAAAAAAUGCGGUCAUUAUUACGGGAGGUGCAAUUUUUUUUUAGUCUGGAGCCACGCCGUUUUGUUGGCCGUACCUCGUUAAUGUCGCUACGUACGCGAUGUAGCAGUUAAAUGUUUGAGAGACAGCUGGAAUUCACCUUCCUUUCGGAGGACCCUGGCCAAUCGAGUCGCAACGCGAGCGUGGCCUUGCGUCUAUCUGACCGCUCUUUGUGGGCGCCCUCUUUCGGCCUCGACGUGCCUUCACUGUAGUCCAACCCGAACAAAAAUGGCCCAUGUGUCUCUGUUUUGUAUUAUACGUGUCCUGCCUUCAAAAGAGAGAGAAAAAUCUAUGGCAUCGCUAAACGUGUGCCCUGUUGAUACCUGUGACCAUAUUUUACGUGACAAAAGAAAGAGAGAUAAAAAAGACAAAGUAUAUUUGAGAGAUGAUUUUUUUUUAUAAACGACAGAGCUACUUUAUAUAUAUAAAUAUAUUAUAUGUAUACUAUAAACAAACCUCUCUGUACGCCAGUCGCAUUGUUCUCUUUUAACUUUGUUUUUUUUUUCGACUCGCCCAUCCUGUUUAUUUACCUGUGUACGAGAGAGACAAGAUUCCAAAUAAAGACUACUUGUAGAUAGCCACAA